AUCCCAUAUUUUUUUUGGGGUUCCCCCCCCAGAGAGGCGAUGGCCGACGACCUGGACUUCGAGACGGGCGACGCGGGGGCCUCGGCCACGUUCCCCAUGCAGUGCUCGGCGCUGCGCAAGAACGGCUUCGUGGUGCUCAAGGGCCGCCCCUGCAAGAUCGUGGAGAUGAGCACCUCCAAAACGGGCAAGCACGGCCACGCCAAGGUAGCCAGAACCCCGGGGAGGGGCUGGGCUUGGGGGGCGGGGCAAAAAAUUCCCAAGGAAAUCCCAAAAAUCCGGAGAAAAUCCCAAACUCCUGAGAUGAGUCAGCACCGAGUGAUCCCGGUUUCUGGAGAGCGUCUCGGAGCUUUUUAAGGGUUCUGAUCCCCU